UUAAUCAGUUUGUGCUGAACUUCACCAUGUCAGACAUGGAGAAAACUCUACCACAACUAUUAAACAUGUUGAGACAAGCUGAACAAAACAUGAGAUCAAAAGGGAAGUCAAAUCAAGUUCUAAUGAUCGGCAAUGGGAAUCACAAGGGCAACAAAGGAAAGGGCGGAAAAGGGAAGGGCAAGGAAGUUGUCAAACCCAAACCUAACCCUAAAGCUUUGAAGCCUACUGGUGGCAUUGCAAAGGAGGGUAAGUGCUUCCACUGUAACAAGACUGGACAUUGGAAGAGGAACUGCCCAAAAUACCUGGAGGACAAGAAGAAUGGAAUAGAGAGUUCCAACUCAACAGGGGCUGCAAAGGAGUAAAGAUUUGGCUAAAGGAGAAGUCGACCUACGAGUGGGAACUGGAGCAAGAGUUGCCGCAUUAGCUGUAGGAGUUUUUAAUUUGACUUUACCUUCUGGUUUAAUAAUACAGUUAGAGAACUGU